AUGCGUGCCUUCGCGUCCAUCGCACUCGCCGCCGUUGCGCUGGCCUCCUUCUCCCACGCAGCCUCCAUCAAACUCCCCACGCUCUACUCUUGCGAGCCUGCUGCCAUCCGCGUCUCGGCACAGGGCAACUACACCAUCGAAGGUCGCGACGGUACAUCCAACAAGCUCGUCUUCCGAGCGCACGUCAAACAAGGCGUCACCUCUGUCAACUGGGAUGCUGUCGACCUCGCCGCCAACGCUACCGCCCUCAUCGCUGUUACCGAUCAGAUCUCGGCAAGCCAGACAUCCAACGAUGCAGUCCAAGCGCUCGUCCUCGCCAACCCAGCCGGCAACACCACCUGUCUCGUCAAAGACACUGACCAUCGCAGCACUUCAAAGCAGAAAAGCAUGGUCGCCACUAUCAUCGGCAUCGCAUUAGGUGCCUUCUUCUUGCUCGUGAUCCUCUUGAUCGCAGGCAUGAUGUACAGGCGUAAAAGGGAGAGGUUGGAAAAAGUCGAAGAAGACAGCCUCGACCUCAACCACAGCUACACCCACGGUACCAUCCCCGCAGGCGGAAGCUACAUGGCACGACUCGUCCCCGGCCUCAAACUGCAAGAAGCUCGUCCGCUCCCCCGAGAUCCCGUCUUGGAAUCCGAACAAGCCACCUACUCUUCCACCAGGAGAGGCACGCAGUACUACAAGAACGACUCCAGCUUCGACAUGCCAUACAGGCACCAAUGGCAUCAGCCUUCCAAUCCCUUCGCCGAGCAACACGCGUCAACGACACGUCAAGAUCACGAGCUGCUCUACCAGCAACACGAAAAAUCACAAUCCUCCUUCGUCAGCCACCACAACAACUUGAAAUGA